AUGGCAUCAUCGGAUAAUCUAUAUUCUUCUUUAAAGAAACAUGCUGGACGAACAAAACUUCCAGUAUCAAUGUUCGAUCGGUCGCAAAUAAGUAUUUGGAGUAUACUUAAACAAUGCAUAGGCAAAGAACUAUCGAAAAUCGCCAUGCCGAUUGCGUGGAAUGAACCUGUUUCAUUUUUACAACGAUUUACAGAAAAUGUACUUUAUUCAUACUUACUUGACAAAGCUGAUGAAUGUUCAGAUCCGAUUAUGCGAAUGCAAUACGUUGCCGCAUUUGUUGUGUCAUCGAUCGCAAGUAAUAUUGAUCGUUUAUCAAAACCAUUCAAUCCCUUGCUUGGUGAAACUUAUGAAUUUACUCGUGACGAUUUACCUUUUCGUUAUUUCUCGGAACAAGUUAGUCAUCACCCGCCUGUUAGUGCGUUUGUAUGUGAUUCAAAAGAUGGAGGGGCUCGAUGGAAAUUCUAUGGAAGUAUUUUACCAAAAGCAAAAUUUUCUGUUAAGAAUAUGGAAGUGAAUCCGAAAGGAUUGUUAACAUUGGAAUUGAAACGACAUAAAGAAGUCUACACAUGGGAAAGUGUCACUUGUACAAUUCAUAAUAUUGUCGUCGGUCGACUUUGGUUUGAAUAUCAUGGUACUGUAGAAAUUGUUAAUCAUUCCAAUAAGAUGAAAACAGUUCUCAAUUUCAAACCGUAUUCAUGGUCAUCGAAAGAAUUGCAUAAAGUUGAAGGUUACAUUCUCGAUUCUCGUAAACACAAAGUACGUGGCCUGUAUGGUUACUGGACAGAAGCUUUGUAUUCGAUUGAUAUUGAACAUUUUGAAUCGUUUUUAAAACAACAAAAAAAAGAGGCAAAACAAGCUUCGAAGAAUUCUCAAUAUCGUGCCACAAGUUCGGCAGCCUCGGCAGAAGGUGCCGAUCCGGAUGAAGAUGUACCAGAUAUUGAUGUAUCUCACGAACAACUUAAUCUACCACCGAAUUCAUUAACGCUCUGGCGAAUUAUUCCAAAACUGGAAUACGCCGAUCAAUAUUACAAUUUUUCGAUAUUCUCCAUGGCACUAAACGAAUGGACUGAAGAAGAUCGUAAGACACAUCCGCCAUUGCCACCAACUGAUUCGCGAUUUCGUCCGGACAUUCGUAUCAUGGAAGAGGGUAACAUUGACCGAGCUGGAGAUGAAAAAACUCGUCUCGAAGAAAAACAACGGCAAGUGAGACAAGCUAUGGAAAAACGUCGAGAACAUUGGCAACCAAGAUGGUUCCGUCUUGCUAAACAUGAAGUAACUGGAGAUGAAGUUUGGGUAUCCAAUGAAAAAUACUGGCAACGAAAUUGGUCAAAUUGUCCAGACAUCUAUUAA